GUGCCUAGGUGGUUCAGUCAAUUGAGCAACUGCCUUAGACUCAGGUUAUGAUCCCAGGAUCCUGAGAUUGACCCCUAAUUGGUUUCCCUGCUCAACAGGGAGCCUGUUUCUCCCUCUUCCUCUGUAGCUCCCCAUUUGUGUACUAGCGUGAGCUCUCUAUCUCCCCCUCUCAAAUAAAUAAAUGAAAUCUUUUUUGGGAUGCCUGGGUGGCUCAGCAGUUGAGCAUCUGCCUUUGGCUCAGGGCCUGAUCCCAGAUUCCCGGGAUCAAGCGCUGCAUCAGGCUCCUUGCAUGGAGCCUGCUUCUCCUCCCUUUGCCUGUGUCUCUGCCUCUCUUUCUGUGUCUCUCAUGAAUAAAUAAAUAAAAUCUUAAAAAAAUUUUUAAAUCUAAAAGCAUAUAUCCUGAAACAUUUUGAUAAUUAGUAUCACGCGGUCAUUGAGAAACAUUAUCUAUACAUAAUUAAACACAAAUGAAGGCAAUAAGUGGUUUAGUUUCAAUCCAGUUAAUCCUAAACUACAUAUAAUAUAUAAAUAUAAAUUUUUGCCAUUGUAGCAAAUAUAUUUUCACGUUUUAUUUUAAAACUUUUUUAUUCAUCUAAGCAAGCUCUACACCCAACAGAGGGCUCAAAUUCACGACCCCUGGAGCACCUGGGUGGCUCAGUGGUUGAGUGCCUACUUUCAGCUCAGGGUUGUAAUCCCAGGGUUCUGGGAUGAAGUCCCGCAUUAGGCUCCCCAAGGAGUCCGCAGAGGGAGAACUCUGCCUAUGUUUCUGCCUCUCUCUGUGUGUCAUAAAUAAAUAAAUAAAUACAUACAUACAUACAUACAUACAUACAAUCUUUUAAAAGAAAUUCAUGACUCUCAAGAUCAAGAGUUGCAGUCUCCACCGACUGGGCAGCCCAAAACCCCCUUUUCAUUUUUAAAAAAUUAUACAGAAAUAUUGCCUGAGUUAGGUUGUUUGUUAACCUAUGCAUUAAUAAAAUAGGUAGUGACAUCUAAAAAUGACAAUACUUGUAACUAACUGGCAGUAGGUGGAUAAGUCCAAAUGUGUCUUUGGUGCCCUUACUGAAAAUGGGACAAAAGAGACUUUUAACUACAGAGAACAAAUUGAGGGUUGCUGGAAAGGAGGUGGACAAGGGGGAUGGACUAAAUGAGUGAUGGGUAUUAAAGAAGGCACUUGUGAUGAGCACAGGGUGUUAUAUGUAAGUGAUGAAUCUCUAGAUUUUAUUCCUGAGACUAAUAUUACACUAUAGGUUAACUAACUAGAAUUUAAAUAAGAACUUGGAUCAUAAAGAAUGAAAAUGGGACAAAUAUAAAUGAUGGAAUGUGAAAAUUCAAGACUUACAUGAAAAUGUAAUCUUAUUUCUGUUCUCCAAGGCCCUAGGAGCUAUAACACAAAAAUAAAUGGUAAAUUACAGGGAACAUAUAAAAUUAUUCAAAUAUGCUCUUUUAUUCUUUUGGGGGAGAGAAACACUAUGAGUGACAUGUAAGUAGAUUUAGCAGAAAUAAGGUUUUCUAUAUGAUGGUUUCACAAAAAUGGUGCAGUAUUAAAUUAGAACUCUUAAGUGUCACUGUUCACUAACCCAGGCAAGGAAAGCAAUGAUAACUCAAGUUAUAUCCCCCAGCACAGAGAUCAGACAUGGUUUCACCAGUUGCGCAGAAAUUCUAGUCUAAAGCGCUUCUCGGGAUCCCUGGGUGGCGCAGCGGUUUGGCGCCUGCCUUUGGCCCCGGGCACGAUCCUGGAGACCCGGGAUCGAAUCCCACGUCCGGCUCCCUGCAUGGAGUCUGCUUCUCCCUCUGCCUGUGUCUCUGCCUCUCUGUCUCUCUCUGUGUGACUAUCAUGAAUAAAUAAAUAAAAUCUUUAAAAAAAUAAAGCACUUCUCAUCUGACCUCCACUUGUUUAUGGACCUUGGCUUCCAAUUCUGAGAAGCACCAAAGUGAUUGCAAGCCUGUUCCCCCUACUCAAAUCCCAAGGAAGUCCAUAAGGAGCCAGUAAUGGCUGCUCUGCAAAAGUGCCAGCACCACAGCGUGAUAGUGGUGCUCUUCAUUCUAGGGACUCUGUGGGAAGCUGAGGCCAGGCAGAUCUGUUAUUCCAUUCCUGAGGAGUUAGACAAAGAUUCCUUCAUGGGAAACAUAGCUGACGAUCUGGGGCUGGGGCCCUAGGAGCUGGUGGAGCAUGGAGUCUGAAUCAUCUCCAGAGGAAGAUAACUUUUUGCUCUGAACCUGUAAAGCAGCAGCUUGGUCACUGCAGGCAGGAUAGACCGUGAGGAGCUCUGUGCCCAGACUGCACCGUGCCUGGUGAGUUUUAGCGUCCUUAUUGAGGAUAAACUGAAUCUUUAUUCCAUACAAGUGGAAAUAGUGGCCAUUAAUGACAAUACACCCUGAUUCUUCAGGGAAGAAUUGGAAGUGAAAAUUCUGGAAAACGCAGUCCCAUCCUCUCGUUUUCCACUAUUGGAGGUCUAUGACUUGGAUGUAGGAAUGAACUCUCUUCAGGGCUUCAAACUCAGUGAGAAUAGUCACUUCUCAGUGGACGUGUGGAGCGAAGCCAGUAGGCCCAAGUAUCCAGAGCUGGUGCUGGAGCAUGCACUGGAUCGGGAGGGACAGGCCAUUUAUCACUUGGUCCUUACUGCUGUGGAUGAUGGUGAUCCUGUCCACUCAGGCACUGCAAGAAUUCUGGUAAUUGUCCUAGACGUUAAUGACAAUGCUCUGGUGUCUACUCAGUCUGUCUACCGUGUGAGCAUUCCUGAAAAUUUGCCAGUAGGUGUACCAGUAUUGUCGGUAAAUGCUACUGAUCAGGAUGAAGGAGUUCACGCAGAAGUAACGUAUUCCUUCCUGAAGGUAACAGAAAAGAUCUCAAAGAUUUUCUGCUUAAAUGUUUCCACUGGAGAACUAUCAACUUCUGCAAAUCUAGACUAUGAGGACUCAAGUUUUUAUGAGCUGGAUGUUGAAGCCAGGGAUCGGCCAGGUCUACUUGACAGAGCAAAAGCCUUAAAAACUAUCUUGGAUGUAAAUGAUAAUGUACCAGAAGUGGUAGUUACAUCCGGAAGCAGAUCAGUUGCAGAAAGUACGCCUCCAGGAACAAUAAUCGCUCUUUUUCAAGUAUAUGAUAGAGACUCUGGACUGAAUGGCCUGGUAACAUGUACUAUCUCUAGAAGUCUGACAUUUGAACUGGAAAAAUCAGUAGAAAAUUAUUAUCAAUUAGUGACAAAUACAGUACUAGAUGGAGAACAGGUAUCCCUGUACAACAUCACUAUAACCGCUACAGAUAAAGGAAUUCCACCUUUGUCUACAGAAAUACUUACCUACCUAGAUGUGGCAGAUACCGACAACCCGCCCGCCUUCCCCCAGUCCUCCUAUUCUGUCUACAUCCCUGAAAACAACCCUAGAGGUGCCUCCAUCUUCUCUGUGACUGCACAUGAUCCAGACAGCCAGGAGAAUGCCCAUGACUACUCCCUGUCUGAAGACACUCUCCAGGAGGCAUCUCUAUCCUCCUAUGUGUCCAUCAACUCUGACACCGGUAUCCUGUAUGCUUUGCACUCCUUUGGCUAUGAGCUUUUCUGUGACCUGCAGUUGAGAGUAACUGCACAAGAUAGAGGGGACCCACCACUUAACAGCAAUGUGACCUUGAGUAUAUUCGUGCUGGACCACAAUGACAACACACCAGAAAUCCUGUACCCUUCCCUCCCCAAUGAUGGUUUCACAAGUGUGGAGCUGGCUCCCCGAUAUGCAGAGUCCGGCUACCUGGUCACCAAAGUGGUGGCAGUGGACAGAGACUCAGGCCAGAACAUCUGGCUGUCCUACCGCCUGCUCAAGGCCAGCGAGCCUGGGCUCUUCGGUGGGCUGCACACGGGAGAGGUGUGCACAACGCGGGCCCUGCUGGACAGAGAUGCGCUCAAGCAGAGCCUGGUGGUGGCGGUGCAGGACCACGGCCAGCCCCCUCUCUCGGCCACCGUCACGCUCACCGUGGCUGUGGCGGACAGCAUCCCCGACAUCUCAGCGGACCUGGGCAGCAUCAGGACCUCAGCUGACCCAGACGACUCCGACCUCAGGCUGUACCUGGUGGUGGCUGUGGCCUCAGUCUCCUGCGUCUUCCUUGCCUUUGUCAUCGUGCUGCUGGCGCUCAAGCUGAGGCGCUGGCACGCAUCACGUCUGCUCCAGGCUGCAGGAGGAGGGCUGCUGGGCGUGCCGGCCUCGGCCUCGCAGUUUGUGGGCGUGGACGGGGUGGGGGCGUUCCUGCAGACCUAUUCUCAGGAGGUGUCCCUGACUGCCAGCUCGCAGGGGAGUCAUGUGAUCUUCCCGCAGCCCAACUAUGUGGACAGGCUCCUCAGCCAGGACAGCUGUGAGAAAAACGAGCCUCUUUGAUUCAGGAAGACUCGGGUUUUUUUUUUUUUUUUUUUUUUUUUUAGACUCGGGGUUUUGUAAAGAGGAAGAUUCCCUUUUCCAGCAAUCAAAAUUAUUUUUAUGAAAGAGAAAAGUAACUGAUGUCUAUACCAGAGAAGACCUGAUCUUUGGUGUUAGAAGACCUGAAUAAUAUUCCUGGAACUGUUAUUCUCUUGGGCCACAAUGUCUAUAGUUUUCAAA